UGGACAUCACUAGUUGAAGGCUAUACAGUUCAAACGUCAAAGUCAAAUAUCCUUCUUUCAAUUCGUUGACAACGUGAAGAGAGGACAACUCUUCCACAAUGUCGUCAAAGGUAUCGCGUGAUACGCUUUACGAGUGCGUAAAUGCCGUCCUCCAGGCAUCGAAGGACAAGAAACGUAACUUCUUGGAGACAGUUGAACUCCAAAUUGGUCUGAAGAACUAUGACCCCCAGAAGGACAAGCGUUUCUCAGGCACCGUCAAGUUGAAGUACAUUCCCCGCCCCAAGAUGCAAGUGUGUGUACUUGGAGACCAACAGCACUGUGAUGAGGCUAAGACUCUGACGGUACCCUGCAUGGAUGCUGAGGCACUCAAAAAACUGAACAAGAACAAGAAGCUGGUCAAGAAACUAGCAAAGAAAUAUGAUGCCUUCCUUGCAUCAGAAUCCCUCAUCAAGCAGAUCCCACGUCUGUUGGGUCCUGGUCUGAACAAGGCUGGUAAAUUCCCUGGUCUCCUCUCCCACCAGGAGUCCAUGACACAGAAGAUUGAUGAAGUCAAAGCCACCAUCAAGUUCCAGAUGAAGAAGGUAUUGUGCCUGUCUGUGGCUGUUGGUCAUGUGGACAUGACGCCUGAUGAGCUUGCACAGAAUGUGCACUUGUCAAUCAACUUCCUGGUCUCUUUGCUGAAGAAGCACUGGCAAAACGUGCGCUCACUGCAUAUGAAGUCCACAAUGGGACCACCCCAGAGAUUGUACUAAGCCUGUAUCAAUAAAUUUGACUUUACUGUA